GUAAUUUUGCAAAUAGUUUUCUUCAUCUUUAUUUUAUUUAGUUUUCUCUAGAUUUCUAAUUUUGCAGUUUUCUUCACUUAAGCCUUGUGGGGAACAGGAGGGAGGAUUUGUGUGUUCUGAUGAAUUGCAAGAGGAGUGAAAGAUGUCUUGAUUCCAGUCAGGAGCAUUAGGACACUUAGAAACUCUUCUUUUUUUUUUUUUUUUUUUUUUUUUUUUUUUUUUUUUUUCCUCACUGAAACCUGUCCUGCUUAUCACAUUAUUUGAAUCAUCCAGGAGUUCUGCCAGCUUUGUAGAUACAAAGAAGUUACUUAACCCAUUCUCAGGAGAGAUGACAUCAUACAAUUAAAAUCAGCCCAGGGACUGCAUUCCCAGGGCAUGAGCUGGGCUCCCUCACCCAGGACCUUCCUGCCAUAUUGGGACUUUUAGCACCAUCAUCAGACCACACCUCGAUUUUCUCCUAUUUUCCUCAUAUAAUAUUUUUUUACUCUAUGUUCUUUGCAGUAGGAUGCCCUCCAAAGCAUCAUAUUUGGGUUUUGUUGGGUAUUUUUCUCAGUCCCUCUCACGCUGUAGUCACGGACACUGCACGGACACCAGUGACCAGCUGCAUUCAAAGAGUCACAGAACAGGUCAAGCUGGAAGGGACCACUGUGGGUCAUAUGGUCCAACCUUCCUGCUCCAGCAGGGUCAUCCCACAGCACAUGGCACAGGAUUGUGUCCAAACGGUUCUGGAGUAUCUUCACUGAGGGAGACUCCACAACCUCUCUGGGCAACCUGAGUCACCUGCACAGUGAAGAAAUUCUUCUUCUUGCUCAGGUGGAACUUCCUGUGCAUCAGUUUCUGCCUGUUGUCUGCCCCUUGUCCUAUUUAUCAGCACCACUGAGAAGACCCUGGUCCAUCCUCAGACACCCACCCUUUAGACAUUUAUACACAUUAAUGAGGUCCCGUGUCAGCUGUCUUUUCUUGAGGCUGAACAGGCCCAGCUUCCUCAGCCUCCCCUCAUAGGAGAGAUGCUCUGGUCCCUUAAUCAUCCGUGCUGCCCUCCGCUGGACCUGCUCCAGGAGCUCCACGUCUCUCUUAUCCUGAGGAGCACAGAACUGGGCAAAGCACUCCAGAUGUGCCUCACAGGGCUGAGCAGAGGGGCAGGAUCACCUCCCUGACCUGCUGGCAAUGCUCUUCCUAAUGCUCCCCAGGAUUCCAUUGCCCUUCUUGGCCCCCAAGGCACACUGCUGGCUCAGGGACAGUUUGCUGUCCACGAGGACCCCAAGCUCCAUCUCCGCAGAGCCGCUUUCCAGCCGGUCAGACCCCAACCUGUGCCGGUGCUCGGGGUUAUUCCUUCCCCGUCUUCCUUCCUGCGUUCAAGCAGCUCAGCCGUGAAGAAAAAAAACCAAAGCGACGGGGAAGGGCUGCGCACGGCCUGACAGCCACCAGCCCUGGCCUGGUCGGCGGGGCCCCGGGGCCGCCCCAAGGCCGCGCCGCGCAUCACCGCCGGUCGCCAUGGGAACGGCCGCAAGGCAUGCCGGGCUGAAAGAAAUUGCUGCGGCAAAACCCUGCAAGAGCGCCGGGCCGGGGCCAAUAAGAUCUCGGGGUGAUGGUAGCGGUGACCAAUGGCUGGCGGCCGGCGCUGAGGGGGCGGGGCUGGGGGCGCUCGGAGGCGCCGGCGGCGCGCGCGGGUCGGUUAAACAGCCGCGGCGGCGGAGCCGAGUGCGUGCCUCGCUCCGCGCCUCGCUCCGCGCCGCCGCCGGCUCUGCAUCCGCACCGCGCCGAUAUCGCGGCGCCCGCUUGACGCAGGCAAUCAUGAGUGAUCGAAAGGCAGUGAUCAAAAAUGCGGACAUGUCAGAAGAGAUGCAGCAAGAUGCUGUGGAAUGUGCAACUCAAGCCUUGGAGAAAUACAACAUUGAGAAGGACAUCGCUGCUCACAUAAAGAAGCUCAGAAGAACGGAGAAAUCAAAGUGCGUCAGUAGAAGUUAAAGUGAUCUGAGUGGAAGAGCUGUUGAAAUGUUAAGGCCGAUUGAACUGAAACUGUCUGGAGUUAACUGCUUGGCAUGAGGAGCUAAGUUUGAUAAAGUUUUAGGCCACAAGCUGUGAAUUUUCACAUAGGUAUGUUAACUUUUACCUAACACUGUGAAAAAGGGCCUCAAGAGCGGUUCAAGCUGGAAAAUAAGGAAGUUAUAACUGUCAGAAAUCACAACAUGAGAGAGAAAAAAGACUGUCCCGAGACAACGAAAGAAACCCAAUAAAGAACAAGAAGUCCCCAGCCCCUGAUGUUAUUAUUAGUCAGAACUGUGAAGGGUGGGGAACUGAGACUGGGAGGGUGUAAUUGCCUGGCAGUUUCUUUGUUCGGGGUCCUUCUGAAGGCACCCAGCUGGAGCUGUUCUGCUGCUGUACCACUCAAAGCCUGGGGCUCUGCUCCAGGAUACCUGGGGUGGAGGUAACUUUAAGAUUUGGGAUACUUGGGGUGGAGAAGCUUCUCUAACAUGAGAAGUAAUUCAUCCAUGCAGAACGAUUGCUUCUGCUAAAGAAAUACUUGUUUGCUAUCACCAGAAUAUAGAAAGGCUUUUUUUUCUCCAGAUGCAGAAAGUAUCUAUGAAAAUUGAAAAGAGAGUUUAGUACUUUUCAGAUAUCCUUUGUUGCAACUGCUGGGAAUUUAUAGAGGAUUUGUUUGAAAAAUAUGUAAAAAUAUGUAAAGCACAACUGCUUAGAUUUAUUUAUUAUACUGUUGUUAUAGAGCAUGUGGCAGAAAAUUUUCUGUUUAGCAGCUGUGCUGCUGAUAAACAGUGAAGUCUAAAUUACGGCUUUAUCUCUGUGAGUACAAAACUAAUGGUAAAUCUUCUGCUUGGAAAUUGUAGAUUCAAUCAUGUUAUGAAUUAUGGGGGAAGAGAAGACUACUUUCCUUCAACAAAAGUAAUGUUUUAAACUUACUACUGCUCAGUUAGGAAGCGCUGUAGUGUUUUUGUGUGUCUGACUAAGCAGCAGGUGAACAAUAAGAUGUAAAUUAAAUAAUCCUCUAGUACUUAAGAGCAUCUGUUCUUCCUCUGAUUGCCUUGCUCAGAAGGUAAAUACCUAUUAGAAGAGUUCUUAAUUUGUAGUGAUCUGUU